CCGCAGGUGAGAGCGCUGUUGAAGGAGAAUGGGGAGGUGUGCCCACAUACACGAAGCAUGUCAUCAUAGGUGAGUGAGUGGCUUGAAUAAAGAAAAGGCACGUCACGGCACAUCACAGGUCAUGCAGCUGUGUGUGUCUGUGUGUGUGUGUGUGUGUGUGUGUGUGUGGUGUAGCACGAACACGAACAGGCAGAACACAGGCAGAGAACGCACGCAGCAUGAAACAGGCACGAGGACGAGCAGCACAGCACAGCACAGCACAGCGCAGCACGAGCAGGCAUGAAGAGGCAGAGCAGGUGUGGUGUGGCCGGGAGGCGCAGACUAAAACGAUGGCAAGUCAGGGCGUCAACACAAAAUGACCGAGGAGAGAUAUGUGUGUGUGUGUGUGUGUGGAAUCACUUCUUGUCCAGCUUCUUCUUGAUCUCCUUGGCCUUCUUGAUGUCGAGUUUGUUGGGGGCCACGCUCUUGAGGAGCUUGCCGAGAGCCGACUGGUCAUCGGCCUUGGCGAGAGCAGCCCACAGCUGGACGGCGUCCUUGUCGUUUGCGUCGAUGGCGUCGCUGAACUCUGCACACAGAGAAGAGAGAGAGAAAGAGAGUCCUCGCUGUGUUCGACACACAUGUCUGCCCGUUUCAGUAGGCCUCACUGUCCUUCCUUUUAUGUAUCUGUGUACAGUGCAUGUGGAUAUGUAUCGGUUUACCAUUAGGUGUCGUGCUUGUCGUUCUGUUGUCUUACAAUGCUCAUGCUCUGUCUGCAUUCGUGCCUGUGCCGUAUGUGUCUCUCUAUUGAUCGCCAGGACUGUUCUCACCUUUUUGCGUGUGAUUUGAUACGAUGUGCAUGUCCAGAUGCUUCGGUGUCUUGGCCUGUUGACAAUCGAUGGUUUCUGUUGCGUGUCUUUACGUGUUUUCGUACAUGUUUGUCAUGGUGUUGUCUGUGUUCUCUUCUACAUGUUCGUCUGGGUCCUCUGUCGUUCUCUGUUCGCCCAUGAAUGUUUCUUGGAACGUCUGUCUCAUAUGCACGCCGAUUGGCCAUGAAACACACCGUCUCGCACCUUAGGCAGUGACCGACCGACCGUCCGUCAGCUCCUCGCCUCCGAUUGCCGGGGCACAGAUGGACACACGGUCUGCGACGCACUAGCGAGGUCCUGCUUGAAACUCCGAACACAUACACACAACACACAAUCACUCACCCAUCAGAAGACACCUCCUUGCCCCAUCUUGGCACUCGAAUGGUCCUGAUGCGCGUCUGCACUGCGUGUGGGUAGAUGACGAUGUUCUGGCCGACCUCCAGCCGCCCCGACAGCAAUGCAAUUGCAGCAAUGUCCCCGUCAGCACGGUGCCUUGCCCUUCAGAGGAGCCAAUGACGAGGCGGCGUGGGUGUGUUUCUCACUCGAGCUCUGUUCGCCGUUGUGCGUGAGGGACCUUCACACUGGGACUGAUUUUUAAGGGUGGGGGCUGCAUGCGCUUUCC